AUGGUCAAUCUCCUUGAAAUCUCCACGGGACUGCUGGCUGCCGCCGGGCUGGCCAAGCGAGCCGACAACUCGUCGUCUCACCACAUUGAGGUACCCAACCUUGGCAACGACGCUCUGCUGGAGUGGGGCUUCACCGAAGCCCAGAAAAUCUUCAACACCUCGGCCUCCAACUGCACAAAGUGCCAGCAGGGCAUCAAUCUCGGCAAGUACAUCACUCUCAAGGCCCCCACCGUGACCCCUAACUUGCUGGUCAAGCUGUGCAACUUCUACAAGUGGCAGGACGACUGCGACACCUGGCAGGGAACCGACAUCACCAAGGGCAACCCCGGCAAGCACCUGUCGCAGGUCUUCACUCUGAUGGACGCCUUUGGCCUGGACGGCCAGAACCUGUGCUACUGGCACGCCGACAACACCUGCGACGCCGCUCCUGUUCCCGCACCCGAUCUCUCGUCAUGGUGGCCCGAGAAGCCCACAAACCCUCCCAAGAUCGAGUCCUCCUACAACGAGACCUUCAACGUGGUCCACCUGUCCGACUUCCAUCUCGAUCUGCGAUAUCUCCCCGGCCAGGAGGCCUGGUGCGACGCCUACAUGUGCUGCACCGUGGAGUCCAAGAACAAGAAGGCCAUCAGAGCUGGUCUCAACCACACUGUUCAGCCCGCCCAGAAACUCGGAUCGUACCACUGCGACGCCCCCGAUACUCUGGUCGAAGACUCCAUGAAGUCUGUGGGCGCUCUGGCCCACGCCCGAGACUUUGAAUUUGGCAUCUUCACCGGCGACAUGGUCUCUCACGAUCUCCAGGACUGGCUGUCGUUUGCACACACCUACCAGUCCGAGGAGGAGGUGUACUAUCUCAUGAAGAAGUACCUUGGCGACAUUCCCAUGUAUCCCACCUUUGGCAACCACGACUCUUACCCGUACUCUCAGCUGGCCCAGAACUCGUCCGGUUUUGCCGGAGACUUUUCCUGGAACGCCGAGCUGUCCGCCAAGCUAUGGAAGGACUUUGGCUGGAUCAACGAGACCACCGAGGCCCAGGCCGAGCACACUUACGGCUCUUUUGCUGUCACCACCAAGCGAGGUCUGCGGGUAAUCUCCAUCGACUCCAACUUUUGGUACGGCGAUAACUACUACAACUUCUGGAACAUUUCCCAGCCCGAUCUGUCCGGCACCUUCAAGUGGCUGGUCGGCGAGCUUCUGCAGUGCGAGCGACAGGGCCAAAAGGCGUGGAUCAUGGCCCAUGUGCCUUCCCAGGAAAUGGCUGCGGUUCCCUGGACCACCGAGGUCUUCCGACAGGUGAUCCGACGGUUCUCCCCCCACGUGAUUGCCGCCAACUUCUUCGGACACACCCAUGCCGACCAGUUCAACGUCUUCUACGAGGAAAACAACAAGUGGACCGAGGACUCGGCCAUCUCCGUGGGCUGGAUCACCCAGUCCGUGACCCCCAUCGACACGUACAACCCCGCGUGGAGAUACUACGAGGUGGACACCAAGACGUUCGAGAUCAUGAACUCCAAGAACUACUACUCGCCCCUCAACGAAACGUACGAGUAUAACAUCAACAAGUACAAGAACGAGACCCUCGGUAACUUCACUUACAAGGUGUACGAGCCCCAGACCCCCAAGCAGAUGACCUGGAUCUGGGAAUACUCGGCCCGUGACGCCUAUGACCCCAAUAACACCUGGCCCGAUAACGCCCCUCUCAAUGCCACCUUCUGGCACCGAGCCGCCAAGGGUAUCAUUGAGAAUCCUGCCCAGAACCAGCUCUAUUACGACCAUUACUACCGAAAGUCACCCUACACCCAGAAGGGCUGUGGUAAGCAGUGUCUUCAGGAGACAUAUUGUUCGUUUGUUGGUGGGUCUCAGGGUGAGAGAUCCGACUGUCUCAAGCUCGAAACUCUUCCUACUUUGUAG